CUCACAUCGUUGCUUCGAGUCAAAAGACAGCAGUUUGUGGACAGGCAAUGACUUCAGCGGCGGGACUUUGUUGCUUCGUGGUUGUCCUGUUCUGCUCAGUGAAGCACAUCAGUGCCGGCUGCCUUUUCUCAAGUGAUUUUCUCAACUCGGAUUUCAAGUCGAACUCACACUUGGGCUCCUCGUCCGAAGAAGGAACCUACGGAGACGAGGACGGGCCCAGACUCAAAGGUUAUGGAUGCCCGCUGUACCCCGAGAAAUGCUGGGAACACUGCGCCAAGUUGAAGAGAUUCCAGGCGACUUGCGGAGGAGUUCUGCAGAUGACUUGCGUUUGCUGACGUCACAUCGACGGGGUAGAGGCGGUCAUCUUUAGGGGCAUAUCUAUCGGGAAAUCGAGUUGCGUGAACACUCGGGCAGCUCGUUUCGAGGUAGUGAAGCCUGAGAGUGAAAAGGACCAAAGAGUAUGGGAGGAGGAGAAAGUUAAGAAGUGGUUCAGGAGGGAGGGAGGAAGAGGUAACAGGGCGAUUCUAUAAUUCCAGAUAGAUUCUAGAUUCUAGAAUAGAUUGUAGAAGUUUUUGCUGAAACCCAUGUAUGAGAGACAACCACCUCUGUGGAGACAUCGCUACUGCAAAGCAUGUUUUGAUCAUCGGGCUGUUAUCACAGGGUGUGGUACGCUUAGGUCAGUGUUUUCCGCUUCUGAAAGGUAUUAUCUUAGUUCCUAUACAGAGCCUGGAGCUCCCAAUAUACGUACAUUUGCGACUUAUAACUUCUUGUCUUUUUCUAUUGCCCAGUUAGGAAUAAGAACUUUGCUUGCAAAGUUACACGUGAUGGGUAUAUAUGGCUGUAUUAUUUAUUGCUAUCUCUUUUUCAUCGUGCAUACGCUCGAGUGGCUCGAGUUAACACUGGCAACGGAAAGAGCGCUCUAGUGAUAGAGAACAUCACUUCUCGGGUAUGUGUUGCUCUGUGCCGUCUAUUUCAUUUGAGCAUGUAAUUAUUUAGCGGUAGGGAAGGAACAUCAGAUUCCUUCAUUCUUAUAUACCCGGGCAGAUUGAAUCCAAAGAUUAAAUUCAUGCUUAUUGUUCGAUGGCUUGUCAGAACCCCACGCGUUCCAAAAAAUUGAAUUCGCCCUUCUGCGAGUCAUCUCUCAUGAUUACUUCACCCAUUAAAGGCG